UCCGUUCAGAAACCGAACGAGAUCUCUGUAUUUCCUACGAAAAAAAAAAAGAGCUCUCUCUCUCUCUAUCUUUCCUCUAACGUUCGUCCAAGGGAAAACUCAAAUCGCUCGUACUUUUUCGCGACGAGGUUCGGGGGGAAGAUAGAGAGAGGAAACCGAAGCGAAAAAAUGGGUGUUUCCAAGGUUCAGUUUGGAGUGUUUGCCGUCGUCGUCGUGAUGUACACCGCCAUGUUGUUGCCCACGUCGGCCCGCGCCCAAUCUCCUGCGCCGGCCCCGGCGCCCGCCGCCAGCGACGGUACGUCGAUCGACCAAGGGAUUGCGUACGUGCUGAUGCUGAUCGCCCUCAUCCUCACGUAUCUCAUCCAUUGAUGAUUGCCCUCCUCGUCGACACCAUCAUCCACCGUCCGUUCUCAAAAUGGUUUUCUCCAGACGGAAGUCCGGGCGAUCCACGAGGUUGACAACUUGACAUUUGCAAUUGCACGACACAAGCUUCCAUUUUUUUUCAUUUUUUUUUCCUUAAUUUUAUUCAAGGCCAGACAAAAAACGAAAUCUAAAAACAUGUCGGUAUUUCUUUCUUAAUUUUUUUUCUUAAUUUGUGUCUAGCUAGGAUUGAUUAGGGCGUCUGGAGAUGGUGUGCAGGGACCGGGUUGAAUCUUUGUGGCGAGAGCGGCUGGGCAAAAAAAAAAAACAUAUUUUUUUUCUCUAUGUGUAACUUCAUUCUU